AUGGACAGCUCUUCUUCUUUGUUUGUGAGUCCUGAGCACCAAGCCACACAAUUGCGUCGAGUAGUUGGCGGGGAAAAUUUAAGACCUCGGUAUACUCCACCAUGGACAACGCCGUACAUUAUUGGGGUAGGCGGAACCUCUGGUUCAGGAAAGACGAGCGUAGCAGCAAAAAUUACAGCUUCAAUUAAUACGCCUUGGACCGUCUUGAUUUCACUGGAUAACUUUUACAAGCCAUUGACACCAGAUCAGCGUCAAUUAGCAUUGGAAAAUAACUUUGAUUUUGACCAACCAAGUGCUGUUGACCUAGACUUAGCAUAUGAGUGUAUGAAGAAUCUCAAAGAAGGCAAGAAGACAUCUAUUCCAGUAUACAGUUUCACCAACCAUAACCGGAUUCCUGGGAAAGCUAUUUCGAUCUACGGUUCCAGUGUCGUGGUAAUUGAAGGAAUAUACGCGCUUUACGACCAACGUCUUUUGGAUUUAAUGGAUUUGAAGAUCUACGUUGACGUGGACCUUGAUGUGUGUCUGGCUAGACGUCUCUCUAGGGACAUUGUUUCCCGCGGGAGAGACCUCGACGGGUGCAUCCAACAAUGGGAAAAGUUCGUAAAACCCAAUGCUGACAAGUAUGUGAAGGGCACAAUGAAAAACGCUGAUGCUAUUAUCCCAUCAAUAGGAAAUAUUGCUGUGGCAACGCAGACUUUAAUCAAUCACAUCAAGUCUAAAUUGCAGGAAAAGUCUCGUCAGCAUCUGGAUGAGCUGACAAAACUUGGCCAUGUCGAAGAACUCAAACUGUUGUCUGAGAUGACUAAUGUUCAUCAGUUGGAAGCUACGAGCCAAGUGGUCGCAAUUAAGACCAUGCUUUUAGACAAAUACACGUCAAGAGAUGAUUUUGUAUUCUAUUUCGACAGAAUCGCCACUAUUCUAGUAUCGCGAGCCCUAGACGAUAUUCAAGUACAUUCCAACAAGCGCAUAAUUACCCCGACUGGUGCUGAGCUUGAUUCGUUGAUGGUUGACUUCGAUAAGGUGACUUCUAUCAAUAUUGUGCGUUCAGGAGACUGCUUCAUGAAUUCCUUGAAGAAAAACGUACCCAGUAUGGCUAUGGGCAAGGUUCUCAUUCAGUCAGACUCGCAUACCGGCGAACCACAGCUUCACUGUGAAUUUUUGCCCCCAAAAAUAGAAGACUACGAGCAAGUCUUGCUGGUAGAAGCACAAAUCAUUUCGGGUGCAGCUGUGAUAAUGGCAAUACAAGUACUCUUGGACCACGGAGUGCAAUUAGGUAAAAUCAAGGUACUUGUUUACCUGGCCACAGAAGUUGGCAUACGAAGAAUCACCAAUGCAUUCAACGAUGCAGUUCAAAUUUACGCGGGAGAGAUUAUCCCAAGUGAAUCGUUAGGCGCCGAACAUUGUAGCUGGGCAAGAAAGCGUUUCAUUGACUCCAGGUAUUUUGGAUGCGAUUGA